AUGGCCGACGAGAAGAAAGGGCAGGUUAAGCGUGUUGCUGCCGGAAAUGGAAUUCUCAAUCCCUCGGGCGCCAUGGUGAUGGGUGCUGCUCCUAUGUAUCUCGCACUUAUACCUUUGACCACAUACCUCACCAAACCGGACAGCGUAACGCAAUCUCUUGUCCAUGCGCUGAUCAAGCUUCUCCCUGGUGUCGACGCUGCGUCAAUAACCGGCGGUCGCGCAAUCCCAGCGCUCAGCGCCAUAUAUCUCUUUUGGACCUUUGGCGCCUCUGGUGCAAUCUCCGUGGCGGGACAAGCCAUGAGCCGAAGGGAAGGGUUAGACAAUGACCACCCGAGGAAACAUGUGCAUGCGCUUGAGGGGCUGCCAUUGAGGAUGAGGAGUGCGCAUUAUGCGCUUUUGGAGAACUUCCCUGGGUUCGCCUUGGCUGCCGCGCUGGCGCAGGUCCUCGCACCGCAAGACGCGCAGGUGGUCAAUUUGUUGGGAUUACACGUCAUUACGAAGUUGAUGAUUCACUACCCGGCUUACGUGAGCAACAUGGCGGUGCCGAGGUCUGUAGCACAUCUUACUGCGACAUCAGCCUUGAUCAAUAUUUGCUGGAUUUUGGCGGCCGGCAAGUAG